UCCUGAAAAAGUUGCACUGCUUUUAUUUUUUUAAAGAAUUAUGAUUACUUUACAUGCCCAUAUGUCCAUGUGUGAAUAUUUGAGGAUAAAGUACGUAACAAAACAUCAUCUUCAACAAAGAGUAUUAAAGUGGGAACCACAUUUUGAAGGUGGGAGCCUUUUUCAGCCACUUUUUUAUGCAAAUGGAUGAAGGUGAUCGUGGACUCUUCAUCACCUUUCUCUUUCCCUACACACAAAAUGAGGCUGGAUAUCUAAGAACCUUUCAUGUUGAUUAUGUGUGUGGCUCUCUUUCCUUAUCCUCAUGACUAUAUCUUGACUCCACUCUCUCCUCAGAACCUCCCUUCAUUCAUUUAACUUCCGUGACGCAUAUGGUACGGUUCAGCAUUCGCGCCAGCACAACAUGUCGAAUGAUGACAACGCAAGUGUGUUUCUAAAGGACGAAACUUGGCCGGAACUUAGGCUGUCUGAGCUGCUGAGCAGCGACACUCUGGCAGGCCUUCAUGCAACCAUCAAGAGCAACUGGGAUUUCCUGAGGCGGUCAGCGUGCCAGACAGCGGCUGGGCGGGCAUUGUGGAAGCAGGUGAUCCAUGACCCACUGGCCGAGCUGUUUGCAGGCGAGACGUUCCUGAGAAACAUAUAUGAGAAGAUCAAGAAAGACCGGCUUAACAAUGCCAGGGAGAUUUCCGGGGUGAUUCUUGCUGUUAGGACGCUUUGGUUCGAUUCAAAGCUUGAGGCGGCUCUGAGCUCACAUGAUGGGGGAGGAGCACAGGUUGUUCUGCUAGGUGCAGGUAUGGAUGCAAGAUCACAUCGCCUAAGCUGUUUGAAAGAAAGCAGCGUUUUUGAGGUUGAUUUUCCUGAGGUUUUACACGCAAAAGCCACAAUUCUGGAGGCAGCAGCAUCUUCAAGAGACAAGCAUCAUCAUCCAAUCGUUACAGCAAAGUCAUUGACUAGAGUGGCAGCUGACCUAACGGAAGAUGACUGGCUUGAAAAGCUCGAAACAUCAGGAUUUGAGCCAAACAAGAGUACAGUCUGGAUCUUGGAGGGAAUCCUGUACUAUCUCUCGCAAACCAAUGCCAUGAAAGUACUUAAAAUCAUUGCAGAAAAAUGCAAUCUUACCAAGACUGUGCUGUUAGCCGACUUCAUGAAUAAGCAGGCAACGGCAUUAUCCAGUUCCACCUUCCUUUUCUAUUGUGACUGGCCAGAUGAACUACUUCCAUCUCUAGGUUUUGCUGAUGUUACGCUCUCACAGAUUGGCGAUCCAGAUGCCCAUUUCGGAUUAUUGCAGGAUCCACUGAAUCUGUUCAACAAGCUACGCAGCCUGCCCAGAUCAAUUCAAACUCACCCAGAUGAUGGCACGCCCUGCGGUCGAUUGUAUUUGUUACAAGCUUCUGGUUCGCCCAAUCAAAUGAGCUCAUGAGUUCCUGUUGUAAUAAGCUAUACAUAUCAGAGUUUCACUUUAUAGUAUAUGAAUAGGCACUAUUUCUUGCUAGUAUUAUUUACAGGCUUAGUCAGUGAUGAAAUUGCAGUACUAGCUCUGUCAAAAGAUCUGGUAUUAGCAAUUUAGCAUUAUAAUCAGGAACUCCUUGUUCCAAACGAGGUUCUUGGCCUCACAUUCGCUAGCAUGUGAUAACAUUUUAAUACAUCAACAGUUAUAUAGAGUAUUUAAAGCCAAAA